AUGGCCAGCACGCAGCCCAAUGAUGAGACCGCUGGCAUUGCCAACAGGACUGGUGAAUUCGAUACCAACGUUAUCGCGCCCGCUGAAGCUCCCAAGAGGUCGCCAUGGAAGGCGUGGAUGUACCUCUGGGAAUGGUAUCCCAAACAUUAUCCUGAGGAGGAGAGAAAGCUAUUGAGGAAGAUGGACGCUUGUCUCCUAACCUUCUGCUCCUUCAUGUUUUUUCUCAAAUGGCUCGAUUCCUCGAACAUCAAGAACGCAUACGUAUCAGGCAUGAAGGAAGAGCUCAGCCUCUACGGUAACGAGUACUCGCUUUUCGACACCUUCUACAACGUCGGAUAUCUUGUGUUCCAGGUCCCAUCUUUACUUUUGCUAUCCCGACCGAAGAUUGCCAAGUACUAUCUGCCGACCAUGGAAGUGCUAUGGUCCAUCGUGACAUUCUGUCAGAGUCAGAUGCGCAACCGAAACGACAUCUACGGUACUCGAUUCUUACUCGGUCUGCUCGAGACACCUGUAGCAUCCGGUACCACAUAUGUGCUUGGCUCCUGGUACAGACCCGAAGAAGUCUUCAAGCGAACUGGAGUCUGGUAUGUAUCCAACAACAUCGCCGUAAUGUUCGGUGGCUACCUUCAAGCUGCGGCGUACAACAAUCUCAACGGCGUCGGUGGUAUGGCGGGUUGGAGGUGGCUCUUCAUUAUAGACGGAGUAAUCUCUCUCCCUAUUGCCUUUGCAGGCUUCCUGAUCUUCCCCGGCCUACCAAGUAGCGCAAAGCCUUGGUGGCUUACACCUAAAGAGCAUGCACUAGCUCGAUCACGCAUGACCAAUGCCGGUGUUGCGCCCAGCAAAGAGCUUAGCUGGACAGUCGCAAAGCGCACAUUCACGCGCUGGGAGUUCUACAUGGGUGUACUGUGCUAUACUUUCUUCCUUUCGUCUUCCUACCCUCACGGCCAAAUGGCCAUCUGGCUCAAAGACCUUGCUGCCAAAAACCCCGGUGCCUACACCAUUCCCCAGAUCAACACUAUCCCCACCGGCGCCCAAGGUGUUUCCGUCUUCGCCGCGCUCCUCGCUACCUCUCUCUGCAUGGUUUAUCCACUCUGGUCUAUCUUCUCAAUCGUCCAAACAAUCUACAUCAUCGCAAACAUUUCUCUCCUGAUCUGGAACAUACCUAAAGGUUACCACUUUGCCUGCUACUACCUACUCGGCGUCUCCGCGGCAGUGACGCCCAUUCUCAUGCCCUUCGUUAAUAUGGCGCUGCGAGAUGAUGCUGAAGCGCGCGCUGUCACUGUCGGUGCUAUGCUGACAGCUGGCUGGGCCGUGUUCUCUUUCUACCCUAUCACAGUAUUCCCGAUCGUCGAGGGCCCGAAGUGGACCAAGGGUUACGCGGUGAACAUUUGCUUCAUCGUCGGGUGUUGGGUUACGUUCCUGGUCAUGCAGUACCUUUACAAGAAGAGCGAGAGCAAGAAACAAAGUAUGCUGGUUCGGGAGGUAGCGAAGGAUCAGGAAGACUUGGCGGGGUUGGACAUCAAAGAGACGACUGAAGUCGAGCAUGCAGAGGUCAGGAAAUGA